AUGUCUAAUUUUACUCUUGUGAGUGAAUUCCUCCUUAUGGAGUUUUCAGACACCCGGGAGCUGCAGAUCGUCUAUGCUUUGCUUUUCUUACUGAUUUUCUUGGCUACCCUGUUAGGGAACCUCCUUAUUGUCAUUGUCACUACUACUGACAGGCAACUUCACACCCCCAUGUAUUUUUUCCUUAGGAAUCUGUCCCUCGUGGAUGCCUGCUACAUAACCGUUAUUCUCCCCAAAGCAUCCACCAAUUCCCUAUUGAACAACAGGGCUAUCUCAAAGAGCGAGUGUGUGGCUCAAAUCUUCCUCGUGGUUUUCUUUGUCUACACGGAGCUGAUCUGCCUCACCAUAAUGGCCCGUGAUCGCUAUGUGGCCAUCUGUCACCCGCUCCACUAUGCAGGAAUCAUGAGUCCCCGAGUGUGCAUGCAGAUGACUUUGGCAUGCUUGCUCACUGGCCUCCUGUAUGCAGGUUUCCACACUGGUUACACCUUCCGAUUGCCUUUCUGCUGGUCCAAUGUGAUCCAUCAGUUCUUUUGUGACAUCCCUUCUUUGCUCAAACUCUCUUGCUCGGACACCUUCAGGAACGAAGUCCUGAUACUUGCCUCUGGCCUGGGGGUUGGGGGUGGCUGCUUUGCUUUCAUCACUGCCUCUUAUGUUUGCAUAUUUUCCACUGUGCUGAAAAUUCCGGGGAAAGAAGACCAAAGAAAGGCCUUCUCCACCUGUGUCCCCCACAUCAUCGUUGUAUCUGUGUUUCUGAUUUCAGGCUUUUAUGUUUACCUUCGACCAUCCUCAGUUUCUGCCUCCAUCGAGGACAUGAUUCUUUCUGUAUUCUACUGCAUAGUACCACCGUUCCUGAACCCUAUCAUAUAUAGUCUCAGAAACAAACAGAUAAAGGAAGCUGUGAAAACUAUCAUAAGGAGAAACAUUUUUUCUCGAAGAUAA